UUAUGCAACGAAAGGUAAAUAAAAACACGUAAGUCUUCAAAAAUUAUUGUUUCCUGAAACAGCCAGAAAAUCGAGUUAUUGGUUAAAUUAUCAAAAUUUCCGACGGUCCAAGUGCAAAAAUGGACGAAAACCAAGACAAACCUAAAGACCCUGCUGCAGAGCUUCCGGAAGCGGAAGUCCCGUUGCUGCCAGAGCUGACCAAAACACCGAAACAGAUGUACUUCGAGCUGCUUCGAAUCUGGGUUCAGCAGGCUCAGAUGCAACAGCAAAUCCAGGCAUACUUCCCGUACUAUCUGAUGAACAACUACCCGCAGCUAUUCCAGACACCGAAUGGAGUCCCUGGAGCACCAGCUGCUGGUUUGCCUGGGGCGCUACCGUCUACCGGAAGUGCUGCUGCCAACGGUCAGGUUGCAAAUACGAAUCAGCCUAAUGUUCCCGCUGGGCCCAACCAGAGGCGGUUGGCGGAAAUUAUGGAUCCCGCGCGACAGGAAGAAAUCAUCAAUCGGAACGGAGGCUAUGAGUACGUCAUAGCUCCCAUCUGGAAGCGUUUCGUGGCCGAAGCCAUCGACAUUGUGAUAAUUUUCCUGCUAAAAGUUAUGACCAUAAUGGCGUUCAUCGACGCCUUCGACAUGGACUUUUUCAGCUUGGACAUCGACUUCGAUACGCUGCGGAACUCGAUCGAAGAAGAUUAUACCGAACUGUUGUCGCUAACGUCGGAGUUUAUCUUUCUGGAAGUGAUAACCAAAUUAGUAGUUUGUCUGUACGAAACUCUGUGGACUAUUCAUGGGCAGGGUCAGAUCGGGGGAGCAACGCCUGGUAAAAUGCUCAUGGGUAUUCGGAUUGUACAUGUGGAAGCCGUGGUGCUGCUGGAUCCUCCCCAACCGGGACUGGCCAUGAAUAAUCAGAAUCCGAUCAAAGCGCUGCUUUUCCCGGCUACGAACCCCGGAUUUAAACGGGCCCUCUGUCGAUCGGUUGCCAAAAACGCUCUUCUAACGCUAUUUUUUCCUAUCUGCUUUCUGAUGUUCUUCUUCAAACACAACCGGACGAUGUACGACAUCAUGACCAAAACGAUUGUGGUUGAGGACAAUCCGGCACCAAUUUUGCGACGGCGUUAAAACGAGUCACAAUGGAAUAUGGGUUUUUUAAAAAUAAAUUUCCUAGCAUGCGUAUUUCAUUUGAGUGAUUUUAGUAGCCAGGGAAAAUUUAAGAUACAUAAUUUGUGUGGCUGUACUGCGUGGAUUCAAUAAUGUGCAAAAUAAAGCUAAGCUGUGACUUAGGUACAAUGAAGAUUACCAAAUAUGUUAUUCUAUGUUAAUAAAGUCAAAAUUAAUA